CUGCCCACCCAUCCUGAGCCUGGAAGAUAAGACUACACCGACCAAAGUUCAAUUACUUUUCGCUAGCAUGAUGUCGAUUCGGAAUGACAUAUACUCCGUCUUCAUGACUGCUCAGGCUAUUAAAGGUCCACCUCCUGACGAAACCUCUGAACUUGACGAAUAUCCCAACACAACUGUGCCGUGCGAGCCGCAAGAGCAGCGCGGUAGUGCUAUUUCAGAAAAUGUUGACCCUGUUUUGGAGGCGACACCAGACUCGUUGCCGCGCUCACAUCCAGAACCAUCCCGUGUCGGGGAUUCAGAGGCUAGUCCCAUGGAAGAACAAUCAUCUAGUGACACUACGGAUUAUGGUUCUGACACAUCUUCUGCCAGUGAGUCUGAUAACCCAUGGCAUCGACCGGAGGCAAGUCGGUCGGCAAACAAAUGGAGAGGAGAUUGAUAGCAUACUAUUUUCAGGAUAUCUCUCUUCCGGAAGUCACUAUCUCUGCCUUCACUGAGACGGGCCAACCGGAUUCGUCGAUCAUCGUUCCAUUGCAACGGGCGUACACCGGUAGAAAGCCUGUGAUAUCAUCCCGCCUUGCUGACACUCCCUGCGCUACCCUCGGCAUUCAGGGCCUCUUGGAUCAGUUGAACACCACACUUGGAACAUCACACAGCCUGGACACUCCAUCCCUCUCUUCCCUUCUUGAAGACUGCAUCACAAACGACUACGACUUUGGCGUGGCAUAUGGCCGCCUUCGCCAAAUAUGGUACACCGACAACUGGAGCACCAUACGAGAUGUACUUUGCAGACAGGAAGAAGAAGACCAGGAGGAGCGACGAAAAGCACUCAUCGGAAACCAGAUUGUCCAUACAGAUUUACGACCCCGACGUGUCUGGGAUCUGUAUAGCAAUCGGGUAGUGCCAAGGUGGAUCAUGAACAUUCACUGGUGGCCUCGGCCGAUAUCGCAUGCAUGGAUGGACGAGAAGGAUCGCGUCAACAUGUGGACGCCUAUCAACGGAUAUGAAUGGCCUGUUCCCAUCCCAAAAGAUGCCAACCUCAAACUGAUCCGCAUCGAGAUGCUCAAUCUCGGACUGGAGUAUGCAUGGUUGGACGUUCUCUGUUUGAGACAGGAGGGUGGAGGGAGGGAGGAUAUGCACACAGAAGAGUGGAAGCUGGAUGUGCCCGCCAUUGGAGCAGUGUAUCAUCAGCAAAAUGUGGUUAUUUACUUGAGUGGGCUGGGUCAGCCUUUGAGUUUGAAGGAUGGUGACUUGGAUAGUGAUCGGUGUUGGUUUAGACAUGCAUGGGCACUACAGGAGAUUGGGGACGAAAGGGUCAUUGCUGGGGACACACCGGAUGGACCAAUGCAUGUUGAGUGUAAGGAUGGGAAGUAUGAGACUGAGCUGCUGACCAGGUUUCACAAGCAGCUGGAGUCUACAAAGGACAAGUUGUAUUGGAUGUAUUACGAUUUCACGCUUUAUCUUAUCUUAUCGGCUCUCUCGUAAUCUCGCUAUGUUAAUUCUCCGGACUUGAUUGCAUUCUACCAUGCGGGUUCAGUACGUUUAACGCACCGUUGCAGACACUUGUAGUAUAUUUAGCACGACCCAAACUG